GUUCGCAAUGCGAACUUCGCAUUGGUAGUUGAUGAUGUUUGAUAAUUUACCACUGUCGAACGUAGUUAAUUCUGCAAUUAUAUGGUCACGUAAUUCAUCGCCGUAUAUCCUUGAAUAUAUAAUUGAGAAGUGUUUCACAUUUUUGUGUUGUGUAUUUCCUACACCAUGUGACUGACACCUGUAUUUUAGAAGCAUACAGUGGAUUGCACAAUUUGUUUGAAACCGUUGUUGGAGAUGAGGCUGUGCGGUGUGUUGGCUCUGUGCAUUUUUAGUGUGACAUGCUUGGAAAUUACGGAAAAUCGUGUUAAGUUGGACAUAAAGUAUCGAAAAGAGGAUUGGUGGGAGCACGCAACAUUUUACCAAAUUUAUCCGAGAUCAUUUAAAGACAGCAACGGCGACGGGAUCGGGGACCUCCAAGGAAUUAUUUCUAAAAUAGACUUUUUGAAAGAGGCUGGAAUAAGUGCUAUUUGGCUGUCGCCGAUUUUUAAAUCGCCUCAGGUAGAUCAGGGAUACGACAUCAGUGAUUAUAAAGACGUUGAUCCAGAUUAUGGCACGUUGAAUGAUUUAAAGGAACUUCUGGAGAAAGCACAUAAACGUGAUAUGAAAGUCAUUUUGGAUUUCGUUCCGAAUCACACCAGUGAUCAGCACGUUUGGUUUAAAUAUUCUGUUGCUGGCGCCGGAGAUUACACCGAUUUUUAUAUUUGGUCUGAUGGGAAAGUUAUUGAUGGACAUAGGGCACCGCCAAAUAAUUGGAUUAGCAAUUUCAAGGGUUCUGCUUGGAGCUGGAAUGAUGCAAGAGGCCAAUACUAUUUGCAUCAAUUCGCAUCAGCGCAACCCGACCUGAACUACAGGAGCAAACAGGUUGUAAAUGCCAUGCGAGAUGUACUAAUGUACUGGCUCGAUUUCGGCGUUGAUGGAUUCCGAGUUGACGCCAUACCAUUUAUUUAUGAGGACGCCAAAUUAAGGAAUGAACCACUGUCCAACAAAACUGGCUACAACUCAACAGAUUACGCAUUCCUGGAUCACACAUAUACUUUUGAUCAGGAAGAGACUUUUCAACUAAUAUAUGAUUGGAGGCAACUAUUGGAUAGUUACACUAAAACUCAUGGGGGAGCAACUAGAGUUAUGAUAACAGAAGCAUACAGCCCUAUGAAGAACAUCAUAAAAUAUUAUGGAACCGACAGUGGCAGCAAACUUGGUGCACAUUUUUCCUUCAAUUUUGACUUUAUCACAAAACUUUCAAGAAAUGAUACCCUCAAUGACAUAGUUAAUAUUAUCAAAGAUUGGGCAUCUAAUUUGCCUGAACGUUAUACCUUCAACUGGGUUCUUGGUAAUCAUGACAACUCUAGGGUAGCUUCGCGUUUAGGAAGAUCCAUUGCAGAUGGUUUGAAUAUGCUGGUUUCUUUAUUACCUGGUAUACAGGUGACUUAUAACGGUGAAGAAAUAGGAAUGGAGGAUGGAGAAGUUUCUUGUGAAGAAGGUAAGGAUCCUAUGGCAAUUAAGGACUGCACUACAUUUGACGAGGUCAGUCGUGACUUCGAACGAACUCCUUAUCAGUGGGACGCCACCACAGGUGCUGGCUUCACCGACGGUUCAAAAACGUGGCUUCCAAUAAGCUCCAAAUUCAAAUUGACUAAUUUAGAAGAUCAGAGAUCGGAAGGUGUUAACAGUUUCUACAACAUCUAUAAAAUGAUGAUGGAAAUUAGACGAGAAUUGCAUAAAUUUAAGGAGGAUAAACAAUUCAUAUUAGAAAAAUCGAAUGAAAACGUUUUACAAUUGUAUCAUGGAAAUGGAGAAUAUGGUUACAAUUUGCUGUUUAAUUUGGGCGAUAAAACCGAAAACGUUCAAAUGAUUGCAGCCGUCGAAGAUGUUAAUUAUACGGUUUUGGUCAAAGGAAUUUCGUCAUCUAAACAACACGGGGAUCCUAUUGAUCCCAGUUCAGUGGAUCUUGGCGCCUUCGAAUCUAUUGUUAUAAGUCCAGCGAAUGCAAGAAUUAUAAACCUAGAUAAUUAUUUGUAUACAGAAAGUUCCGGAAACCAUCACACCCUUCAGCUAUUUACUUUUGUUAUAUACUUCGUUGUUUAUGAAGUUAUACUGUUAAUUGUUUACGAUUAAAUAAAUAAAAUGUAUUAAAUA